AUGCUUCGAGUCUAUUCUCUUCUCUAUAUCGAACGUUUAUGGAACCCUAAUCUCUCUUCAGACAUCGUUAAACAAGUGCCUGUUGCUACUCCUGUGAAUUAUGGUACAAAGACAGAGAUCGUUGAACCCGUGAUAGCCGUUUCAGAAGACACUAUAAACAAACAAGUCAUUGAAGAAAAUCAUGUUCAAGAAGCAGAAGAAGCUAUUGAGGAGGUUGAAAUCCAAACGUGUGAUGAACCCAGUUAUCAACAAAAGGCGGAGAUCAAACAAGAAGAACUUUUAGGGAAUGAUGGUCCUAUUGCCUUAUCCGAGGAUGAAGAAGAAGCUGUUAAGGAAGAUAUUGUGGAGGUCCAAGAAGAACAAGAGAUUGCUAAGGAAGUUGAAAGUAUAAAGGAAGUUCAAGAAAUUGAUACUGAAUCUAUUCAAGAGAUUGAUGUUCAAUCUGUGCAAGAAGUCGAACCUAUUGAAAAGGCUGCUUCUAUCAAGGAAGCUGAAUCUUUACAUGAAAUUGAAUCUAUCAAGGAGGUCGAAUCCGUCAAGGAAGUUGAAUCUAUCAAGGAAGAAGAAGAAGAAAAGGUUGUUAGCAGCUUAGCUAUCGAUACCAAGCAGCACUAUCAAAUUAAUACUAUUUUGGAAUCUCCUAUCGAAGAAGAAGAUCUCUUUUCUGCAAGUGCAGCUGCUGAUCACUCAACAUCUAUUUCGUCCUCAUCCUCUAUUUUGUCCCCCCUUACACCUUCCUCUGUGCACUCUUCUGGUUUCCUUUCUCCUGCUCUCGUUCUUCAGGAAGAAGAAGAAGCUUUUGAAAAGAAGGUCCAAGCCUUGCCUCCUCCUCAACCUAGAAAGAGAACCACUUCCUUAUUCAGAAGAGAAACUGAUAAACUCAACGAUAGACGCAAGAGCUUGACAAAGAAAUUAAAGCGUGCUCUCACUGUAAAGAGCGAAAACAAGCGCUAUUCUGUGUAA